AUGGCCUUGACAAAUCUGUUUUUUACACCUAAAACAUAUGAUGGUCAUUUAAGAAUAAAGGAACCACAUGCAGCCCAACAUACAAAGAAAGUGGUCCACUAUAUAUUGUUGAGUGCUCCUUGGAGUGUGCUAUGUUAUUACGCUGAGGACCUCAGGCUGAGAGUUCCCUUGCAGGCUAUGCCCAUUGACCCUGAAAUCAACUGGUCUCACAGGAUUCUGAUGAAACUGGGCAUCCCUAAUUUACUCUAUGAUGAGGUUCCUGACAUUCCCUUGGAUAACUACACCUGUCAUUUUAAAGCAAACAAGUUACGCUGGUUCCGUGGGAGUGAUGACCAUGAGACCUUCUUCAGUAGUACACAACGGCAUAGAAUACUGUAUGAGAUCCUGUCUACUAUAUCAUAUGGCAAUCCAAAGGCAGGGCAGGUUGGAAUAGAAAGGCUGCUGAAUGAGGAAGUCUUCACAGCUGCAUUUCCACUACAUGACGGCCCAUACAAGAUGUCAUCAGAAGAAGAACCCACUAGUCUACUUAAUCAGAGGCAGAUUCUUUUCCAUUAUUGGGCCAAGUGGAGUAAAUGGAAAAAAUACCAGCCUUUGAAUCAUAUCCGCAGGUACUUUGGAGAGAAAAUUGCUCUCUACUUUGCCUGGCUUGGUUUCUACACAGCAUGGCUUCUUCCAGCAGCUGUAGUGGGGACACUAGUCUUCAUAAUUGGCAUUUUUCUGAUGUUUCAUGACAUUCCAACACAGGAGAUCUGUUCCAGUGGUGACAAAUAUAAGAUGUGCCCACUUUGCAAAGUCUGCCCUUAUUGGAAUCUAUCUUCUGUCUGCCCCAUGUUUCAGGCUGGCCGUCUCUUUGAUCAUGGUGGCACUGUUUUCUUCAGCAUCUUCAUGUCUCUGUGGGCAGUCACAUUUCUUGAGUAUUGGAAGCGAAUGAAUGCUACCCUGACAUACCGCUGGGACUGUUCAGAUUUUGAGGAUAUUGAGGAACGUCCACGACCCCAGUUUGCUGCUUUGGCUCCCAUGACAAUUGUAAACCCAAUUACUGGAGAGGAGGAGCCCUAUUUCCCAAAGCGGACUCGAUUCAACAGAAUCAUCACUGGAUCAAUGGUCAUCAUCAUUAUGAUUGCUGUGGUAAUAAUAUUCCUGAUUUCCAUUAUCCUUUACCGGGCCAUCAUUUCAGUAAUUGUAUCCAGGUCUGGGAACUUCCUACUUGUAUCUUCGGCUUCUCGUAUUGCCAGCCUGACAGGCUCAGUGGUGAAUCUCUUUUUCAUCCUCCUCCUCUCGAAAAUUUACAUUGCGCUGGCACUUUUUCUUACAAAGUGGGAAAUGCAUCGCACCCAGACCACAUUUGAAGAUGCCUUCACUUUUAAAGUCUUUAUCUUUGAAUUCAUCAAUUUCUAUUCAUCUCCCAUCUACAUUGCCUUCUUUAAGGGCAGGUUUGUUGGUUAUCCAGGCCACUAUGACAAAUUAUUGGGCAUACGCAAUGAGGAUUGUGCUCCAGGUGGCUGCCUCAUUGAACUUGCUCAGGAACUUCUUGUCAUCAUGGUAGGAAAGCAAAUAAUUAACAACAUUCAAGAAAUCCUUAUCCCGAAGCUGAAAACAUGGUGGCAUAAGCAAGAUCUUUCUGAAGGCAAUAAGGCAGGCCAAGACAACUUCAUGAAGCAACUCUGGGAGAGCGAUUAUAAACUGCUGCCCUAUGAUGGGCUCUUUGCUGAAUAUCUGGAAAUGGUUCUGCAGUUUGGCUUCAUUACUAUCUUUGUUGCUGCCUGCCCUCUGGCCCCUCUUUUUGCUUUACUGAACAACUGGGCGGAAAUUCGUUUGGAUGCUCAGAAGUUUGUUUGUGAAUAUCGACGUCCAGUUGCAGAGCGGGCCCAAGGCAUUGGCAUCUGGUUUCAUAUCCUGGAGGUCAUCACACACUUUGCGGUUAUUAGCAAUGCCUUCCUGAUUGCCUUCACUUCUGACUUUCUUCCUCGACUCUAUUACCAGUACACUCGUGCUAGCAAUCUACAGGGCUACAUUGACUUCACCCUGGCCUACGCCCCUAAGUCUUUUGACUUGACCAACAAUGCCACAUGCAGGUACCGAGCCUACAGAGAACAAAAUGGCAGAUAUUCACUACCUUAUUGGAACCUACUGGCAAUCCGACUUGGCUUCAUCAUUGUAUUUGAGCAUGUAGUUUUCUUCAUUGCACAUAUGAUUGAUAUGAUGGUACCUGACAUCCCAGAAGCAGUGGCAAUAAAAGUAAAGCGAGAACAGUACCUUGCUAAACAAGCCUUGGCUGAGAAUAAGGCUCUCAUUGAAGUGAUAGAUGUUGUCAAUCCAACCCAGCCUGGGGAGAAGGUAUCAAAAUAAACAUCUGAAGAUCUGGAAGGAUUUGGCUGAGAUCAGAUAAUCAAGCUUCUACACAAGAGUAACCUUCAUAGAGGAAGUACCAUGUAAGCUGACACAGUAUGGACAUGGAGCUGUUAAUUAUGUAACAUAUUGCAGGUGUAGAAUGUGCCUCACAUCUUUAAACCCUCAGAAAGUUCAUCCAUAUUUACCAAAGUAGUGAUUUCAUGUUUCUUGGAGAAAAACAGUACAGAGAAAAUUACAAGACAUACACAAGAAUUUUCAAUCUGUUUCUCUCCUACCACAGAAGUGACUUGUAAAUGUAGUGAAAUUCAACAAGCUGUUAUUUAUGGUAGUAUAGGAAUCUCUGGGUUUAGAGGCAAUCAUUUUCCAAAUAGUAGGAAUCUGCAACACUAGAAUAGUUCAUACUGGUUUGCUUUUUUGAAGCAUAUGCUAAAGUCAUAUGCUAAAGAUUACUGCCAUAUAUAAAGUCAACUAUAAAAAGGAAACUUGCUUUCAGCUAUCCAAAAGGGGUUUUUGCCUACAAAAGCAACAUGGGAUAGUUAUCAUCUUCUUCACAUCCAAGACUCUUUCAGCUGGAAUAUGUUUCAACAAUAUGUAUGUACCAUGAACCUGUAAUCUUUAUCAUGCUUAAAUCAAUGUCUGCUGGCAAAAAUUGAAUAAGCAGAUGAAAUAGGUAUAAAUGUGCUUAUUACUGUUUGGAACAAUAUAGAGAAGCAAGGGUAUAUAUUUUAUUAACAGGAUAGAUAGGAAUUGUAAUUUGGAGCGACUUUUUUAAAAUAAAAAAACACACAAAGCUG